AUGAAUUUGGAAAUGACUUUUGAUGACAAGAUGAAGCCUGUGAAUGACCAGCCUGAUCAGAAGUCAUAUGGCAAGAAGCCUAAAGGUCUGCAUUUGCUUUCCUCCCCAUGGUGGGGCCCUGCUGCGAUGACUCUGGUCAUCCUUUGCCUAGUGUUAUCAGUGACCCUUAUUGUACAGUGGACACAAUUACUCCAGGCAUCUGACCUCCUAAAGCAAUACCAAGCAAACCUUACUCAGCAGGAUCAUAUCCUUGAAGGACAGAUGUUAGCCCAGCAGAAGGCAGAAAAUGCUUCACAGGAAUCAAAGAGGGAACUGAAGGAAAAGAUAGACAUCCUCACCUGGAAGCUGAAUGAGAAAUCCAAAGAGCAGGAGGAGCUACUGCAGAAGAAUCAGAAUCUCCAAGAAGCCCUGCAGAGAGCUGUGAACUCUUCAGAGGAGUCCCAGAGAGAACUGAAGGGAAAAAUAGACACCCUCACCUGGAAGCUGAAUGAGAAAUCCAAAGAGCAGGAGGAGCUUCUGCAGAAGAAUCUGAACCUCCAAGAAGCCCUGCAGAGAGCUGCAAACUCUUCAGGUCCUUGUCCACAAGACUGGCUCUGGCAUAAAGAAAACUGUUACCUCUUCCAUGGUCCCUUUAACUGGGAAAAAAGCCGGGAGAACUGCCUGUCUUUGGAUGCCCAGUUACUACAAAUCAAUAGUGCAGAUGAUCUGACCUUCAUCUUACAAGCAACUUCCCAUUCCACCUCCCCAUUCUGGAUGGGAUUGCAUCGGAAGAAGCCCAACCACCCAUGGCUAUGGGAGAACGGCUCUCCUUUGAGCUUUCAAUUCUUUAGGAUCAGGGGCAUUUCUUUACAGAUGCAAUCAUCGGGCAGCUGUGCAUACCUUCAACAGGGAUCUGUGUUUGCUGAAAACUGCAUUUUAAAUGCAUUCAGCAUAUGUCAGAAGAAGGCAAAUCUACUGUGA